UGCGCAGAGAGAGAGACCUCCCCAGUCCACAUUGGUUCAGUGUUUUGGAGCCUAACCUGUGGGUCGGUGCACUGCUGUGUAAUGCAUGAAAACUGGGAUCCAGCAGCUCACAGGACGAGUGAGAGGAAGGUGCGCGCCAACGAGUUGAACCCCUAAGGGCUGUCAAUAGGGAACCAUGUGGAGCUCCCUGAGCCCCAAACAUCCCAGUGGCCCCGGCCUCACAGAUAUGCAGCAAUACCACCAGUGGCUGGCCAGUCGACAUGAAGCUAGCCUGCUGCCCAUGAAGGAAGACUUGGCCCUGUGGCUCACUAAUAUUCUUGGUCUGGAAAUCACCGCUGAGAACUUCAUGGAUCGCUUAGACAAUGGCUUCCUGUUGUGCCAGCUGGCUGAGACCCUACAGGAGAAGUUCAGGGAAAGUAGUGGAGACCUGCCUGCCCUCGGCAACAGCAAGCAGAGUAUUACCUAUGGCAGGAUACCAUGCCGGCAGAGCGCUCCCUCUGGUUCCUUUUUUGCACGGGACAACACAGCCAAUUUCCUGGCCUGGUGUCGUAAGGUUGGAGUUGGAGAAACAUGUUUGUUUGAGUCAGAGGGUUUAGUUCUUCAUAAGCAGCCACGAGAAGUGUGCCUCUGUCUUUUAGAGUUGGGACGGAUAUCAUCACGGUACAAUGUGGAGCCCCCUGGCCUCAUAAAACUGGAGAAAGAGAUUGAACAAGAAGAGAAAGCACCUCUUCCACCUCCAUCACCUGUAUCCCCAGUUCAGCCCCUCCCUCCAUCGCCAUCCUCAUCUCCUUCCCCAUCUCCGACUCCUACCAAAGUCAGUUCCAGCAAGAAAAGUACAGGGAAGCAGUUGGAUGAUGCUGUAAGACACAUUGCCAAUGAUCCCCCCUGCAGAUGUCCGAAUAAAUUCUGUGUAGAGCGACAGUCACAGGGUCGAUACCGCGUUGGGGAGAAGAUGCUUUUUAUACGGAUGCUGCACAACAAGCAUGUGAUGGUGCGUGUUGGUGGAGGCUGGGAGACCUUUGAGAGCUACCUGCUGAAACACGACCCAUGCCGCAUGCUCCAGUUCUCCCGGGUAGAGGGCAAGAUAUCCCCCAUCAGCAGCAAGUCGCCCAACAUCAAGGACCUCGCCCCGGACAGCUACCUGGUGGUGGCAGCUCACUACCGCAGCAAAAAGUGAAGACAUGAGACUGAAAAGUGCCAUUAAUAAAAGCACACAGAGGCUGACUUCUUGCAAUUUAAUCUCUAAUGGACAUGGCUAUAUAACAUAACCUUGUUUUUACACAUUAUGUUUGCAGACACAAAUGCAUUCUUGGCACACUUGUCAAAUGGAUGUUUGUGAGCAGAUGAAGCCUGGAAUCAGACUCGUGUGCUUUGAAAAAUGUGUCAGUUGUUACAAUACAGUGAGUUAACUGGGUAAAAGUGAAGCUGUACAUUACCUUGACUUGUAUUUUGAGCUGUACUGUAAACAAUAUAUCACUUAUAGUAGGUAGAAUCUUUUCAGUUUUUAGCACAUAUGCUCCUUUCAUGCAGUCAAUCAGGCAUAUGGAACCUGGCUGUUUGUACAUGUUUAAAACAGACCUUUUUAUGAAUGAAAGUAAGUGGUGGAGGUUUCAGACGCUUAUAGAAGCCAGUAUUCCUUGGCAAGCUGGUGUGUAUGAUAGUUGAAAGCAAAUACACAUUUUCCACAAUGGCUAUUAAUUGUCCCCCCCCCCCAUUUGGUUGAUAUUUCUAUCCUAAAUGCCUUGAAUACACAGGUGGCACCGCACUGCACAACUAAAGUUUAAUGAAAUUUUAGGAAUAAGUGGGAAACUUACUAUCCAAAGAAAUGUAAUUUACCAAAUCUUUACAUGUAGUCCACUGCAGAAUGUUCUUUAAAAAGGCCAAAUCUCUCCUAGAAAGCACACAUUGGCCAUAAAAUCUUAUGGCCUUUUCUUUAUGAUGUAUUUUUUUGUAAUUUUUUUUGACUAAGAAAAUUAAGCAAUACUUAGAUUGUUUACAUGUUGAAUAACUAUGCUAUGCAACACAUUUUAUACUAUUUUCAUUUUAAAUAAUUAUUCAUUGUUAGGGUAGCUCCUGCUUUAUAUCAUUUCUAUUGUAAGGACAAUCACCUGUAAAAGAUGCAGUAUGUAGUUAAACAAAAGCUUGUUGAUUUAUGAUAGAUAAUAAUGCAGUAGAUUAACUCAUUUGAGGUCUGGCAGUUCUUCCAUUUUGUGGUGUUACUGACCUCUAGAGGUAGUGCAAUCAUUGACACUUGAUAUAUAAUUUGUUUUCUGGGUUUAAACUCUUACAACUAAUAGAUAUAAUUUACAAUUAUCAUUAAUGUAUCAUUAUCAUUUAGUGUAUUAAUUUGUACAACCUUUUACCUGGAAAAUGAAUGUGGUUUUGGUUUUUAAAUGUACAUUUUCAAUAAAUUCUUAAAAUGAAAA